AUGUCGGACACGUUGCCGUCUUCGCCGAGCGGGAGAUUCCACUUUCACAACCUAUGGAUCUUGGGGUUAGUUUCUUCGUACAAGACGAUGCUUGCGGCGCUGUGGAUUGUAGGACUGGCGUCGGUGUUCGUAUGGCAGGGGGGAUCUGUGGACAGGCUUCGGAUCUUUAGGCUAACGCCCCCGGCGAGACCAGCGCCGCUUCGAGCACGGGCGCUUGACCUAACGGACUUCGGCGGUGUUGGUGAUGGGAUCACGUUGAAUACGGGAGCAUUCGAGAACGCCGUUGCAGCGAUCAAGUUGCUGGGGGGAAAGGGCGGCGGACAGCUUAAUGUGCCGGCCGGGAAGUGGCUCACCGGCCCCUUUAAUCUAACCAGCAACAUGACGCUGUUCCUUGCUCAAGGGGCAGAGAUACUGGGAAUAAACGUGAGUAUUAUAUCCUCCUCCUGAUUAUUUUCUCUCCAUAUCGGUUAAUAUACAAUAAAUCAGAUGAACUCGCUUGGAAAUUGAUUUUAUUACCUUCAAGGACAAAAUGUCAGGUUAUAUGUGAAAUGCUAGUCAAUUAUUUCAUGGUGACAUGGAUGAACUGUUCGGAGCUCGAGAUUCAUAUUAAAUUCUCCAAGCAACGCUGAACAGUAGUAUCCUUCAAACAGUCAUGCUCCGUAGAAGGUUCCCUCCAAGAUGGAUGCCAAUGGAUCACUCGUUCCUGCGAUUUCUAACUAUUGGAUCAUUUAUUACUUUUCUCCCUGGUAUUACUCGCAUGUUGGAAAAACCGUCUCUUUACUCUUUGGUCAAGUAUAUCCUUACCUUUUUUUUAAUUCCCUUCUCACGCAGAAUUUAAGAAAAUAAUGUGAAUUGAAGAAUGUCUUUGAUUAUUCUUAUUUCAUCUAAAUUUAGUUUUUCAUCCUCUUGGCUAUCAAAAUAGUUAGGAAUUUUGAUAUUUCAUGUAAGAAAUCGCAUCCUCAUCUAAACAUCGCAGUUGUGAUCGACUGUGAUGGUCGAUGGCAUCUGCCAAAUUUGGAACAUGGACCUAGAUUCGCCUCUUACCAAUUAUUGGCCAUGGAUCGUCCCCAUAAUCUCGGUGGAUAAGUUAGGAUUCCUUUUGUUACAAAACUCUUGACAUCUAGAACACAACAGUCUUCUCUCUGUGAGCGACAGUUCCAAGUUUUUAGUUUCCAAGUACUUUAUCAAGGUGUGCUACACCAGGUCAUUCACUCUGAGUUUCCUAGCUCUACAGCCGACAAGAACGCAAAAUCAUGUGCUAUAUGAUAUUUCCAUAAGAAGUAGUUAUGACUCUGGUGAACAGUUCUGGGCUUGAAAAAUUUUCAGGGACUAUGAUCCAUGACAUAUCACUCCAUGCUGAUUUAACAAAUAAUAGUGUUUUGCAUAGCCUGAGAUAUAAAAAGCUGAAUUUUUUUUUUAUCGAAGUAGGUUGCAAUAAUAUUCUUGUGUCAUAACAUUUGAUAGGAUGAGAAAUACUGGCCCUUGAUGCCGCCAUUGCCCUCAUACGGAUAUGGAAGGGAGCAGCGAGGGCCUCGAUAUGGGAGUCUGAUACACGGUCAAAAUCUCGUGAAUGUUGUUAUAACAGGUCGGUAUUUAACUCUACCUCUUCUUGUUCUACUACACACAAAUUUGCUUCACUCCAUGCUUUUUUCCUCGUGGUUCUUUUGACUGACAUGCAAAUCGAAUCCACAAAUUUGCUUCACUAUCAUGUCUGUCCUUUGAACAGAGACUUACUCUCUCACUUUGUGGAUGAGUUUUAUGAUAAUAUUUUCAUUUUUUCAUUACAGGGGAAAAUGGUACUAUCAAUGGGCAAGGCAGAUCAUGGUGGACCAAGCAUUACCGUAAACUACUCAACUACACGAGGGGUCCUCUCGUGCAGCUUAUGUGGUCAAGAAACAUAGUAAUAGCGAACAUAACACUACGUGACUCUCCUUUCUGGACGCUCCAUCCAUAUGCCUGCAAGAAUGUAACCAUCUCAAAUGUGACAAUCUUAGCCCCCGUGUUUCAGGCUCCUAACACAGAUGGGAUAGAUCCAGGUUAGAAUGGAUUAAUUGACUUCAGGCGCCUAGUAGUUGCUUUCACCAGUAUUCUACAGCUGAGGUUGCUUUUACAUUAUUAUCAUCUUCUCUCUCUGAGUUCUUUUCAAUCUUACCUUGAUUAUUUCUCGAUAUGACCGUGUAGAAGAGGAACCCCUUCCAUCUUUUUGGCUAUAACCAUCUGCUAGCAAAGUUUCACUCAACCAUGUAAAUUUGUAUUGCACCAAACUUACUGAAUUCUCUCUAAGCCCAUAAAAUCUCGUCUAGAUCUCAGCAGUGAGGUGUAGUAUUGGUUGCAUGUGAUAUAUGUAUGUUCCUUUCUUUGACGAAAAGAUGGCUCUAUGCAGAUUCGUCCGAGGAUGUAGUGAUAGAGAAUUGUUACAUUUGCGUGGGGGAUGAUGCAAUAGCAAUAAAGAGCGGUUGGGACCAGUAUGGAAUUUCUUAUGGCCGGCCAUCUACCAACAUCCUAAUACGCAAUCUCGUUGUUCGCUCCAACGUGAGGUGAGGUUCUUGGACUCUCUCCCAGGCAAGUCAAUUUCAUAGAAUAUCCAGAUUCACGUCAGUUGGUGCAAUCAGAGGGCGGGUCCUCUGGGAAUUUGUUGAAUUCUGUAUGUUUCUUGCAAUCAGGGAAGCAAUUUAUGGCCAAAGGAAUAUAUUUUAUUCCUAAUUUCUUCCGUCGGAUCAUGUGCCUGUGAUGGUUUUCUUCGCCAUCUUCAGUAUCCCCUUGAAAUAUGGUUUUUUUCUUCUUCCCCACAAACGCAAUCUGCAAUAUACUUCUACAGUCGAGCACUUCCAAACCUUUCUUCCCCUGAGAAUCCAAGAUCGCCAUCAUCAAUCCAUGACCAGCUGCCAGCAUCAAAAGUCAACCCCCUCCUCAAUGAUACGAUCCUCCCAUCUCCUCCUUGCAGCGCCGGGAUAUCGAUCGGCAGCGAGAUGUCCGGCGGGGUCUCCGGCGUCACCGUGGAGAACGUCACGGUGUGGAGCUCCAGGAGGGGCCUGAGGAUCAAGACCGCCGCGGGACGAGGCGGCUAUGUCCGCAACAUCACCUACCAGAACGUGACCUUAGAAGAUGUCCGUGUGGGAAUUGUGAUCAAGACCAACUACAACGAGCACGCGGAUGAAGGCUUUGACCCCAAGGCCUUCCCUGAGCUCUGCAACGUCACCUACAUGGGGAUACGUGGCCGCCGGGUGCGGGCCCCAGUCAGAAUUCAGGGCACCCAGGAGAUCCCAGUGAAGGGCGUCACCUUCCGAGACGUGGAGAUCGGCAUGGUCGACAAGAAGAAGAAGGAUGCCUUUGAGUGCGCCUUCAUACAGGGGCGGGCCAUUGGGCCCAUCUCCCCCGAGCCCUGUCCUGGUUUGGACCGUUAUGAUGAGACGGGCCGGCUGGUGAGGAAUUCGCCAUGA